AUGCGGCUACCGAGGAUAUAUCAAAGAUUUUUGUUGUACUUGUUGGUCUUUGCAGUUAUUGCUGUUUUUUAUUAUGACCAUUUACGGGCAUCAAGAAUUCAAAAGUAUACCUUUGGCACUGAUGAUGAGGUCGCAAUAGUACCGGAUGCCGGAGAGUGGCUUCAAAAUAAAGGUCUAGAAGGUUUCUCAUCUGCCGAUAAACUAGCCAUAAAUAUUGGCUAUGUUGAAUGUUUUCAUGUCGGCCGUUUCUAUGAAAGAUGCUUUAAUCGGUAUGAGCUUAAAUCAAGCUCAACUAAUAAACACUUAGCCGUGGAAAGGAAAAGAAUUCAUAAGGAUUUGAGAGGUUCGUUUGGAAGUAGGUGGUUUGGGAAGUCAGAAUACUUGUAUUACGAUGUAUUAUACCUUGCCUCGUUGCGCUACUUCGGACCUAACCUAGAAAAGUUAGAUGUCAAUGCUAUCACCGGAAUUUCCAACGUUUCUACAGAACAGUCUCUAUCAUUUAAGGAUUUAUCCAUUUCAUUUGAACCUAUCAGCUUGGAACUUUUACAGAAUCGAAGUUUUAUAAGCGAGGUCAAUAUCCUCUUUGGCGUUGAUUGUGUCCAACCAAGAGCAAACUGGACUCUACAAAAAGAAUUUCCCUUAGUGCAGUAUGCCUACAGUGAACCUGCCUAUUUAACUUACAGAUUUGUUGGUUUUAAUUCAGUAAACACAGGACCUCAACGAUUACAAGUAACCAAUGAAGGCAAAUUCAAAAUUGUCCAACUAGCAGAUCUUCACUUGGGGGUGGGAGAGUCUGAAUGCCUUGAUGAAUUUCCAAAACAUGAAGCUUGCAAAGCUGACCCAAAAACAAAAAUUUUUAUUGAACAAGUUCUUGACAAUGAAAAACCACAGUUGGUCGUUUUUAGUGGUGAUCAAAUUAUGGGCGACAGAUCCAUUCAAGACUCAGAAACUGUAUUAUUGAAGGCAGUAGCGCCAGUAAUUGCAAGAAAAAUUCCAUGGGCCAUGGUGUGGGGAAAUCAUGAUGAUGAAGGAAGCUUAACGCGCUGGCAGUUGUCUGAAUUGGCUUCAGAAUUGCCAUAUUCCCUAUUUAAAUUCAGUCCCUAUGAUACGCAGGAUAACUCAUUCGGAGUAGGUAAUUAUAUUUGGCAGGUUUUCUCAAAUAAGAGCACUGAACUCCCAGUAAGUACGCUUUAUUUUUUGGACUCCCAUAAAUAUUCCACGGUUGGUAAAAUUUAUCCUGGUUACGAUUGGAUCAAAGAAUCGCAGUGGAAAUAUAUUGAAGAUUAUUAUCAUGAAAAUUUGAAACUUAAAACCGGGCCUUCGAUGGCUUUUUUUCACAUUCCUUUACCAGAAUAUUUGAACGUUGAAUCAAAGACACAUCCUGGAGAGAGGAACCCUCUUGUUGGGACUUACAAAGAGGGUGUUACAGCACCAAAAUAUAAUUCUGAGGGAUUAAAUACUCUAGACAAGCUGGGUGUAGAUGUCAUCAGUUGUGGGCAUGAUCAUUGUAAUGAUUAUUGUCUGCGAGAUGACUCUACACCAAACCGACUUUGGUUGUGCUAUGGCGGCGGAGGUGGAGAAGGUGGUUAUGCUGGCUAUGGAGGUACAGAAAGACGUAUCCGUAUUUAUGAAAUUAAUGUAGGUGAGAAUAAUAUACACACAUGGAAAAGACUGAAUGGUAGUCCAAGAGAGAUUUUUGAUUACCAGUCUAUGUUGGACAGUAAUUCUCCAAUACUUGCUUAA